CACUGUGUUGAAUUAGAUCCUACUGAAACUUAUAGCCCUUUAGUAAGAUAAAUUACUUUUAAUUGCCCCAUUAAAACAUUUCUAACCUUUGUCUAGGAAUUCUGUAUGGGACAUAGAUUAAUAAUUGCCACUAUUGCUGAUUAACUUUGAACUGUGUAUCGCUUGAAGAUCAAAAAACCAUCUAUUCUCGGUUAUCUCCUGAUUCUAUUUAUUGGAUCGAUAAUUAAAAGACUUCUCGACUUCUUUUUAUAUUUCAAGACUUUACAUUCUGAAUAAUUCCUGCUAUUUAUAGUUAUUCUCAAAAAACAUAAAUUUGAUUGGGAUAAAGAGUUUGAGAAUGAUAAGCUUAUAUAUCGCCGACUUCAAACUCUUCAAGGAAGGUUUAUAUCUUAUUUUUAUAAAGAAGUAAUAUAUGAUAGAUCAUCAAUAUUGAUUCUAUUAGAAAUCAUUGGUCGAAGAUUAUUUGAUAUUACGAUGAAAUAUAAAGAAGAUGAAGAAUUUGAGAGGAAGUUAGAGGAAGUCUAUAAGGUAUUAACUUCUUACAGAGUGAUUUAUAGGUAUAUUAAAUUGGAUAGUGCUGUCGAUAUUGGAGAUUAUAUGAUGCUUAUCGACUUAGAACGAGCCGAAAUCGACGAGAUGGAAUGGAAGAGUAGUACUAACAAAGGAAAUGCGGGAGGCUUACUGUGUGACCUUCAAUUGAAUCGUCAGUACGAAGAUGAGGCAAGACAAGGGGAAAAGGAGAGAUUGAAAGAAAAAGCGGAGGCAAAGGCAGGAAAAAGGCAUGAUGGGAAACGUCCGAUUUAUCACUCAUCUAGUAUAAAUUAGACUUUGGAAUCUAAUGUGUUCAAGCCAACAAGGAGAGGAAUAAAAUUGUCUUGGAUUGAGAUAGGAGGGUUUGAAUGCUUUCUUUGUUGGCUGAGAAGAGAAUAAGGCAAAUCUGGGUAG